CUGGAACAGGCUGUGAAUACAUAUGAUCUGAAAAUCAGGCUUGGAUACAACUUCCUUCCUACCAAUAGGCUUAGCGGCAUCAAACCAACACUGCCAUUUCCCAAACAUGCCAUCUCUGAGCCCAAUGCCUUGCAGCCUCAACCCUCUUCACGCUAUUGACCCUCUACUCCAUAUAUGGGGUUUGACCAAGGGGAAAGUGAUGCCGUGAUCACGGUGUUAGGCUGACAGCAGAGCGACGCCCGUGGCGGAGUGCGACGAGCAUGUGGCACAGGUUCAAGCCUCUGUUCUUUGCUAUUGACCGCCAGCAUGGAGCGCAUUUGCGCCUCAGCCGGCCACCGGAGGCGCCCAGCCCGACGGGCAGAGAGCACAGCCUGCCCACCUCCCCCGUCAUGGGAACUGAAACGGACGCUUCUGCGCGCCGCGAACUGCACUCUAGACUCCUAGCUCAUCAAGACCUGUUUCUUGCUCGUCCUACUCAGUGGGUGGCCCUGUCGGUGACGAAAGAAGGGGACGCACAAACGACGGACUUCCGCAAACAUGGAUCCCCUCUCCGUCGCCGCCUCGGUGGCCGGGCUCCUCGGCGCUGGGGCCAAGAUGGUGGCCUUGAUGUCGCCUAUAGUCAACAAUAGCGACGCACCCCCGCUGUGCCGCGCCGUCCUCACCGAACUGUGCGAGGUCACCGCCACCCUGCACCAGGUUGAACACUUUAUUGCUGGCCGCUUGCCCGACGGCGGGCCCGUCCCUCGCGACCGCUACGAGCUUGUCUUGAUGGAGCAGCUUGCCGCUGUCUUGACCAGCUGCGUCAUGACCAAGGACGACCUCGAGACGCUCGCCGACGACCUCGGCCUGGUCUACAGCGGGACGGGCAUAUCGGGCACUUUCGACCGCGCGCGCUGGGUGCGGAAAGAACAAGACAUCGGCCGCGUCUUGGCCCGGCUGCAGAACCACAAGAGCUCACUCAGCUGUAUGCUCAACGUUUUCUCUGCCCGGUCGACAGCCGAUAUCAAGCACUUGGCUGACCGACUACACGCUCUCUUUGAGCAGGCCAUGGUCAGCAGCCCGACCCUGUUGACAAGACUUGAGCGGUUUCAAGAGAGCGGGGGACUCGAUACCGAGGUCGAGACCGCGCCAGGGGACGCGGGCGAGAGCGUGUGUGCGGCCGACCCGCACACCCUUGGGGAACUUUUUCCGAACAGCAAAGACGCGUCAGAUGCCCGCUCCGUGCGGAGCGUUGGCUCGCGGAUCGCGUCCAUAAGCCGCGGCUGGGAGUCGGCGCUUCAGAGUUCGUGGGUUUACCGCUGGCAAUUUCUUGCGACCUCGGACGGCCACUCGGAAACAUCCAUCACCACCUCGACGAGGAGACGGGCUGCCGCUUCGAUUUUCUCAGCCACCAGCCUGGCGGACAUCUCGCACUUGUCGCAAUUCUCGCUGCCAAUCCUCAUCUGGGAGAUCGGCAACAAUCGGUGGUAUAGGGGAUGAGGCGGCAGACCACGACGGCGGGGACCCCCGCACUGCCCAUCAUG